CCUGUAAGCUUCCGAUGGUUGGCAAAGGCGGAGCCAAGUGAAACGUUACCCGGGCUGUAGCCCGGGGUCAUUUUCUGUAAAUUCCUUAUUAUCAUGUAAUGUUUCCUUUUAAUUUUACCUGGGGCCCCUUUUUUUUUACUUUAUAGCCCGGGUGGCAUCCAAAUCCAGCAAAGAGACCAAGAAAAAUAAAAUAAAAUCCUUUUUUCACACCCGUCCGAUUCAUGCAUCCAAAUCCAACGAAGUGAGAAGGAAGAAAAAUAAAAUAAAAUCCCUCUUUCUCACAUCCCCGCUUGAUUUCUUCUCGAUUCUUCUUCUUGCUCUUCACGUUCCGCGCCUCUCUCGAUUAGUCGAUGACCGCUUGCUCGGGCUGCAACAUCCUCAAGGAAGUCAUCUUCCUCUUCAUCGAGAACCCCCGCAUCUUGUCCUCCCCUCCUCAUCUCUCUCUUUGCCAACUCCCUCUUCUUUUCCGCCUUUGAGUUUUCCACCUUCUCCCUCUUCGGCGAAGAGUCUUCGCCUGCAGUUUCGCCGCUUUAGCCACCAGUCCACCACUAACCCCAAGAGCCCUGCAUACUCUGAACUCUUCUAUCGGCCAGGUUAUUUUAAUGUCAAAUCAAGAGAGAAAAAGGGGAAAUAAUAUUCUAUCAUUCUUUAAGCCAAGAAUUGAUAAUCCUUUAUCAUCCGAGAGGACCGAGACUAAUACAUCCAUUCCUAAUGAGGAGUUCGAACCUUCUUCUAAAUCUCAAAGAGUUGAGUUUGAUGAAACAUCACUUGAACGAGAUCCUGGAUUGCGUAUUCCAAUGUGGCGACAUCCAGUUAAUUAUCGUGAUGAAAUUAGACGAGCUUAUAUUAAAAUGGGCCCAUAUCAACCUAAAUUGCAAGAGUACCCACGAUCUGAAUCAGGAAAUCAACAUCGUCGAUUUCAAUAUACAUGGUUUAAAAAAUUUCCAUGGUUGGAGUACUCUUCUUCAAAGGAUGCGGCAUUUUGUUUUCCAUGUUAUCUUUUUGAAUUAAGUGAAGCACAACAAUCUGCAUUUACAGUUGAAGGGUUUAAAAGUUGGAAACGCGUUAAUGAUGGAGCCAAGUGUGCCUUUUUGUCUCACAUGGGAAGUUCUAAGUCAGUGCAUAAUAAAUCUGUAAAAUCUGUUGUUGAUGUGAUGAAUGUAACUCAACAUAUAGAUAAAGUUAUGAAUCGAGAAUUUUCUGAACAGAUUCGAAAGAAUCGAUUAAGGCUUGCAGCAACAAUUGAGAGCGUUCGUUGGCUUAGUUUGCAAGCAUGUGGAUUGAGAGGACAUGAUGAAACUUUAGAUUCCCAAAAUCGUGGUAAUUUCAUUGAGACGCUAAAACUUUUGGGAAAAUGGAAUGCUAGUAUUGGCGAUGUUAUCUUAGAGAAAGCUCCGGGAAAUGCAAAGUAUACCUCACCAGAUGUUCAAAAAGAAAUUUUACAUAUUAUUGGUAACAGAGUCAGAAAUAAAAUCCGUGAUGAAAUUGGAGAUUCUAAGUUUUGUAUUUUGGUGGAUGAAGCGAAGGAUGUAUCUAACAAAGAACAGAUGGCUAUAAUUUUGAGAUUUGUUGAUGUCCAUGGCUUUUUACGGGAGCGUUUUUUUCAAAUUGUGCAUGUUCAUGACACCACAGCUGCAACACUUAAGAAAGAAAUAUGUGAUGUACUCACUAGAUAUAAUCUAGAAAUACAUAAUAUGCGAGGUCAAGGGUAUGAUGGUGCUAGCAACAUGUCUGGUGCUUUUAAUGGAUUGCAAGCUUUAUUUCUUAAAGAUUGCCCCUAUGCAUAUUAUGUGCAUUGUUUUGCCCACCGACUCCAACUAGCGUUAGUUGCAGCUGCUGAAAAUGAGAUCUCUAUAUGGCUUUUCUUUUCGAAUAUGACGACUAUUGUUAAUCUUGUUACAUCUUCUGCCAAACGCAAUGCCGAGUUACAAUCUGCUCAAGUUAAUGAAAUUGCACAUUCUGUUGUUGUCGGUGAACGUGAGACUGGGCGAGGAGCUAAUCAGAUUGGUACUUUGCAUCGAGCAGGAACUACUCGUUGGAGCUCCCAUUUUGAAUCUAUUUGCGACUUAAUAGAUAAGUAUAAUGCAAUUAUUAAUGUGCUUGAAAACAUUGUCACUGAUGGUUCCUCUACUUCGAUGCGUGGGGAAGCUGGCGGUUCCUUAAUAGUGAUGAAGUCUUUUGAUUUCAUUUUUAUUUUGCAUUUGAUGCAUAAAAUUAUGGGGAUCACAGAUUUACUUUGUCGUGCCUUGCAACAUAAAUCUCUUGAUAUCAUAAAUGCAAUGGAUUUGGUCUCUACAACUAAAGCACUUCUUUUGACAUUGAGAAAUGAUGGUUUUGAUAUUCUUCUUUCAUAUGUCAAAUCAUUUUGCACAAGAUUAGAUAUUGAUAUACCAGACAUGAGUGCUCAUUAUAAGCAUUCUAGUCGUUCAUGUCGGCAAAGGGAUACCAUCACAGUUGAGCAUCACUUUCAUUACGAUAUAUUUAAUACUGCAAUAGAUUUUCAAUUGGAAGAGUUAAACUCUAGAUUCAGUGAUGAGACAGUAGAACUUCUUAUGCUUAGCUCCGCCUUAGACCCAAAAGAUAAUUUUAAUUGGUUCAACAUUGAUAAGAUUUGCACUCUCGCUGAGAAGUAUUAUCCUGAGGACUUCACUGAACAGGAAAUGCAUAAUUUGAGGUGUCAACUACAACAUUAUGAGCUCAAUGUGGUUUGUCAUGAAAAAUUUCAAAAAAUGUCCACUAUCUCAGAAUUGUGCCAAGGGUUAUUUGAAACAAAAAAAUUGCAAUAUUAUAAUUUGAUUGACAAGUUGAUUCGUCUAGUUUUAACUUUGCAUGUUUCUACGGCAACUACAGAGCGUGCAUUUUCAGCUAUGAAGCAUAUGAAAACAGUUCUUCGUAAUAGAAUGGGAGAGGAUUUUUUGACCGAUUCUAUGAUUAUUCACAUUGAGAGAGAGUUUGCUGCAAGUAUUGAUUCAGAUUCUAUAAUUGAUGAAUAUUAUACUUUGAAGAAUCGUAGAUCACAACUUCAAUAA